CUGAGAGAGAGAAGCCGCACCUGGGCAGCCAUCUUACUCUCUCUAUCUCCCGGGAACAUGACCGGGAAAUCGGUUCGGGAUGUGGAGCGCUACCAGGCUGUGCUGUCCGAGCUGCUGCUGCGGGAGGAGAACAAGUUCUGUGCGGAUUGCCAGGCCAAAGGUCCACGAUGGGCCUCCUGGAAUAUCGGAGUAUUUGUAUGCAUCCGCUGUGCAGGAGUUCAUCGGAAUCUGGGGGUUCACAUCUCCAGGGUGAAAUCUGUCAAUCUGGACCAGUGGACACAGGAACAAAUACAGUGCAUGGAAGAAAUGGGAAAUGGAAAAGCAAAACGAUUAUAUGAAGCAUUCCUUCCUGAAAGCUUUACCAGGCCACAGACCGACCAAGCUGUAGAAAGUUUUAUUAGAGAAAAAUAUGAAAAAAAGAAAUAUAUCGAUCGCAGUGUCGACAUCAAUGCAUUCAGACAGAAGGAGAGAGAAAGCAAGUGGAAGAAAUCUGAAUCUGCCCCAGAUAUAAAGUCUGAACAGGUCAUAUUUGAGAAGGUCAAGCUGCCACAUAAAAAGGAGGAUCCUCUGCCUACUAAGACACCUCUGCCAAAGACUUCAGAACCAGUUAUGGACCUUUUAGGCCUGGAUGCUCCUGUUGCAGCUGCUGUUCCUAAUGGAAAGUCCAGCACCAGUUUGGAAAAAGAACUGGACCUGUUUGGACCUGUCCAGACUAUGUCUGGGUCAAAGUCUAGCCAGGCAGUUGGUUCUGUGCCUGUACCUGGUUCUGGAUCUGUUCCUGAAAAUCUCAACCUGUUCCCAGAAAGUGGAGGAAGAUCUGAGGAGAGUGGGAAGAAGCAGCUAUCCAAGGACACCAUUUUGUCUCUUUAUGGGACUCAACCUCCUCAGAUUCCAGCACAAGGAGCCCUCUUCAUGGCACCUGCACAGAUGGCAUAUCCAACUGCUUACCCUGGUUUUCCAGCAGUUCCUCCUCCAGGCAGUGUCAUGAGUGGUAUGAUGGCAUCGCCAGUGGGCAUCAUGGCACAGCCGACUCACCCAAAUAUGGUUGCUCCCAUGACUAUGCCUCCUGGUUAUGUUGGAGGUGUACAGGCUGCUGUCAUGGGGGUUCCCAAUGGAAUGAUGACACAACAUUCGGGUUAUGUAACCAACAUGGGUGCUAUGGCACAGCCAGUAUAUGGCGUGCAACCAGGACAACAACUGCAGUGGAAUGUUGCUCAGGUGUCACAACAGAUGGCAGGAAUGACCUUUUUUGGUGUGGGAGGUAUGGCUGGAUAUGGACAACCAACAUGCAACCCAGGACCCAACCAAACUAUCAGCUCUCCCAUGUGGAAAUAAAUAGAGGCAUCCUGCUCACAUGACUAACUCCCCACUCUUCCUGUCCAGCUUGUCCACCCUGUUCUUAAAGAUUGCUAUUUUCUGGAUACUGAUAAAGCUUUCUUCCACUUUUAAUCUUUUUGAGCCAUUAUUUUCCAAGAAUACAUAAAAACACACACCUCGGUCAAACAGUUCAGUUUUGCCUUUGUUCUUCUCAGUGUACUAUAGAACAAGGUGAUACUGAGUAUUGCUGUUAGAAUCCACCAGCAUUCCUAUUGUGUUGAUACAUCCUGCAGUGACCCAAACCCUUUGCAACAUAAACGCAAUGCAUCCUUUGCUCUGCUACUCACUGCAUCUCACAAGUGUCUUUCACUUUUAAGGUGACAUUUCCAGACAGACAGCAAGAGGUGGUUGUUGCUACCAGCUGAGUACAUACUCAUGUAAUGUGGAAAAGAUCUACAUUGCUUAGAAAAUAAUACACCAGCAACCUUGUGCAUUUGCAGGCAUGUCUGUGUAUUCCCCUGUCUGUUACAAGCCUGGAAUCUGUCAGCAGCGUCUAUUUUUCGUUCUGCUGUGAUGGCAAAUCUGCACUCAGGAGGUGGCUGCAUGCAUUUUAUCAUAAUAAGGCAUCCUUUUAAUGCAAAAAAUAUAUAUACAUUUUCUUUUUAAGAUUGUAUUUGUAAUUUUUACAUCUCUAGUGAUGGAUUUUGUUUUUAACCCUUCUGCCCCACCACAGUGAGUUUAACAUGUAAUACAGUGUACAUUUCUAGGACGGGUUGAUUUUAAGGGAAUGUAGGCAUUUUGUGUGAGGUUCUCCACCCGUUCCCUGUUGUAUGAGCCCCCACGGAGGACUCAUAUUGUCGUGUAGAAUGAAUCCGAAAAAUGAAGAUGCAAAGAUUUUUGUUUUACUUUUUUCAUCUCUCCCAGGCAUCUCUAGCAGUUGACAGCAUGUGUUGUUUUUGUUUUGUCAAAGCCAUAUAUAAUUUCUAUGAAAAGUACCUCAUUUUUCUAAUCUACUUUAGAAAAAAGAUUUGUGUGGCUAAUCUGUAUAUCUUUCUGAUCUUUGUUUGAAAGGAUUUUUAUUUAGCUUAAAGGGGACUUUUUUCCUCUUUGUUAGCUAGUAAAUUUUAACGAGAAGAAUGCAAGUUUGCUAGCACUUCAUUCUGCUAAGGUUUCUGAAAAUUCAUAUCAAAGGAUUUUCAGGAAGGAUGUUGCACUGAGAAGUUGUCUUUAGUUGCAUUUUUUUUUGUUUGUUUUGUUGACAGUGUGUUUUUAAGUCUUAUCUUUCCUGUCUGGAAACUGACACUGUACGGCUUUUUGUUCGAUGGUGCAUCAUCUAGUAUUUUUCUUCCUGUAGUAAUUUCCGAUAUGCCAGAUCUAAUUGAUUUGGAGUCUUUCUGCUUAUUCCAAGCAAACCAUUUCAGACAGGGCUGGGAUUACAAUGUCUGUGACAUGCUGUUUUUGUGAACCCCUGCUGAUUUUAAAGGCCUUAUUAAAGAUCCAAAUAAUGUUUUAGCCAACGGUCAACCCCAUCAACCUUCCAUUUUCAGACAGUUAUUGAUUUGAUUUAAUUUACUAUUUUGCAGUCCCAAAAUGUAUGCAUUACCCAUUAGGACAUUCCCUUUGAGAGCUAGUAAAUAUUUUUUUUUAAUUUUAGGCCUGGUGACCUAAAUGCAGUUUCGUUACUUUUUUUUUUAAUUUAAUUGUAUUUUUUAUUUCCACCUUGCUAUCAGAAUAUAAUCUGCUUGUAUUAUCUUACAUUUUUUUUGUAUCCAUUGAAAUAUUAUACCUGCAAAUGUAGAGGAGAGCAGAGGGGGCUGGACUCGCAUGCCAACAUAAGUUGAGAUGGUCUUAAUACUAGAUUGUAUCUCUGUACGUUUAACGUAGAGUACUCUAAUAAUCCUAAAGUCUUUGUGUUGUUGGCUUAACAGCUGAACCAAAUUUCCUUUAAACAAAAGUUCUCCAUUUACCGUAUGUGCUGGGAAAUAUUAUGAAUGUGAAAUAUUUGCACUUUUUAUUUUUUAAAAAAUAUAUACAAUUUUUUUUUUAUUUAUUUUUUUUUUUAAACUUUCUUUGCUACAGGGACUGCAAAGCCUUUUAGUCUCUACAGCAAUAAGAGUUGAAGGAAUUUUAAUUUAACCAUAAAUCUUAUAUGGAACUUUAAGUUAUAAAACAUUUGUAAUGCAGAUAACCUUAGAUGUGUACAAAAUAUAUUGUGUUCAUUUUAAUGUGUGUAAAUUUACAUUACUUACUUUGUUUCAUUGUAUCCGCGCUUUUUAAAAUAUAUAUAUAUUUUUUUUGUCUUUACUUGAUUGUAUAGUAAUGGUUUCUGAAAAAUUCAACUCUGGUUUUAAUUUAAGGUAGAGUAAAUCUGAUCCAGAGGCAGCUACACAUCUGUGUAUAUGUACAUUCCAAAUUAAAGAUUGUCAUUGAACAUUA